AUGAGGGAUGUCAAUCAAUCAGAGUCCACUGACUUCAUUCUGAUGAGCCUCUUCAGAUCAGGCUCACAUCAACUCCUCUUUUCCCUGGUGGCUACCAUGUUUAUUAUGGGCCUUCUGGGAAACACUACUUUACUCUUCUUGAUUCGGUUGGAUUCCCGUCUCCACACACCCAUGUACUUCCUGCUCAGUCAGCUCUCCCUGCUAGAUGUUUGUUUCCCCCUGAUCACCAUACCCAAGAUGGUAUCGGACUUUCCUAAAGAAGAAGGUUUGAUAUCCUUUGGAGGUUGUGCAGCUCAAAUAUUUUUCCUGACCAUGAUGGGUGUGGCUGAGGGUGUCCUCCUGGCCCUUAUGUCUUAUGACCGUUAUGUGGCAGUGUGCCAUCCUCUGCAGUAUCCUAUACUAAUGAGACACCAUGUGUGCCUGCUUAUGGUGAGUGCUUCCUGGCUAGCAGGUAUGCUCAAUGCCUCCAUUCAAACCUCUGUCACUCUAAACUUUUCCUACUGUGCCUCUAGAAUUAUAGACCACUUCUUCUGUGAGGUGCCAGCAUUAUUAAAGCUCUCCUGUUCAGAUACCUCCAUCUAUGAGUUAGCACUGUCCAUCUCUGGGGUACUGAUCCUUAUGCUCCCUCUUUUGCUCAUCAUCACCUCCUAUGGCCAAGUACUGAGAGCUGUUCUACAUAUGCAUUCAGAGAAGGCCCGGAAUAAGGCCUUCACUACUUGUUCUUCACACAUCACAGUAGUGGGACUCUUUUAUGGUGCAGCAGUGUUCAUGUAUAUGGUGCCUGGUUCACACCACACGCCUCACCAGGACAAUAUGGUCUCCCUUUUCUACAGCCUUGUGACUCCUACGCUCAACCCCCUUAUCUACAGUCUGAGGAACCGAGAGGUACAGUUUGCUUUGAUUAAAGUGCUAAGCAGAGUUGGACACUGGCAAAAGUGA